CCCCUCCCGCGAGGGGCGUCGCUGCAUGGGGCCGGGGGGGCGGCCCUGCUGCGCCGAGCGGCGACGGCGGCGGAGCCCCCAAGCGGGCUGGGGCUGAGCCCGGGGCCGGGGCGGGGGCUCCGGGGAGACCAUGCCCGGAGGCCGGCCGGCCGCAGCAUGGCUCACGGGCCCGGCGCUCUGAUGCUCAAGUGCGUGGUGGUCGGCGACGGGGCGGUGGGCAAGACGUGCCUGCUCAUGAGCUAUGCCAACGACGCCUUCCCCGAGGAGUACGUGCCCACCGUCUUCGACCACUACGCAGUCAGCGUCACCGUUGGGGGCAAGCAGUACCUCCUGGGACUUUACGACACCGCCGGACAGGAAGACUAUGAUCGUCUGAGGCCUUUAUCUUACCCAAUGACUGAUGUCUUCCUCAUAUGCUUCUCUGUGGUAAAUCCAGCCUCGUUUCAAAAUGUGAAAGAGGAAUGGGUACCCGAACUUAAGGAGUAUGCACCAAAUGUACCCUUUUUAUUAAUAGGAACUCAGAUUGAUCUCCGAGAUGACCCCAAAACAUUAGCAAGACUGAAUGAUAUGAAAGAAAAACCUAUAUGUGUGGAACAAGGACAAAAACUAGCAAAAGAGAUAGGAGCAUGCUGCUAUGUGGAAUGUUCAGCUUUAACCCAGAAAGGACUGAAGACUGUUUUUGAUGAGGCUAUCAUAGCCAUUUUAACUCCAAAGAAACACACAGUUAAAAAAAGAAUAGGAUCAAGAUGUAUAAACUGUUGUCUGAUUACGUGAGAAACAUCUUCAGUGGCCAAGGCAACUAUUUCUUUCAGAAGCAUUGGAAAUGCUAUGGCUAUGCCCAGAUUUGUCAUAAUGAAGCAGUUUAAA